CGUGCGCUUCUUUUUCUGUUUAGUCCUUUUUCUCAAGGCAAAAUGUCUACUAUUAGUUUUGGAUUUGUUGAAUUUGAGGAACCUUUCCGCCUGGUCUCCCAUUUAUUUCCUGACAAAGUUGGUGGUCGUCCUGCUUGGCUUGCAUUAACCGGCUUACCUCAAAAUACUCAGUGUGCUCAAUGUCAACUUCCCAUGGCCUUCCUCCUACAAUUAUAUUCGCCUCUUGACGAACGGAAAGACUGCUUUCAUCGUACGCUAUUUGUGUUUAUGUGCAAAAAUGGAAGCUGUUUUCUGCCAUCUAACAGACACAAUCCCCCGCCAUUCAGAGUUUAUCGAUCACAACUUCCAAGAAAUAAUCGAUUUUAUAGUUCAAAUCCACCGUCCGAUUUAGAUAAUUUAACGGAAAAGGGUAUGGUUGAUACGCUUCGCUCUUGCAGAGCUCCCACAGCUGGAGUUCUUGUAAAUCUUUGUCCUAUUUGUGGAUGCCCUGGAACAAAAUGCUGUAUACUUUGCAAGAAGGCCUACUAUUGUUCCAAAGAGCAUCAGACUAUUCACUGGAAACAAAGUCACAAGACCAAGUGCCCCCAAUUCGACUAUCUAAAUGAGAUGUUUCUCUCGAACUCUUUUCUUCUCCCCGAGUUUCUUCUUUCCUCUACUACACUUGAUAAAGACCCAGAGGAUAACACGAGCAUGGGCGACGACUUUGAAGAAUCAGACUUCGAACCAAAUGCAGAUGAUGACGGAGAAGAAUUAAAGGCUUUAGAAGAAGUUGCCCGCAAGGAGACUAGGGAAGAACUCUUUUUCAAUCGAUUUAAGGAGGUCCUUAAAAAAGAACCUGAUCAAGUUAUUCGUUUUGAACGUGGAGGCACACCACUUUGGGCCUCUCCCAACCCCAUUACACCACCAAACUGCUUAAAGUGUGGUGGCAAGAGAACCUUUGAGUUUCAGAUAACGCCUCAAUUGCUUCUUCAUUUGAAAUUGGAUAGAGUUGGUGAGGCUUCUCCAGAUUUUGCCUCGGUAUACGUCUUUACCUGCGAGAAUUCCUGUCCUCUUGGUCCUUCGGACAAAGGUGAUGAAAAUUCCUUGCCAAAUUAUGUCGAAGAAUUUGUCGCUUUCGAUACGGUUCCUUGA